AUGGUCGAAGUAAAAGUGACUGAAGGAAUUCUUGAUGGAGAGAAAGUUUCCAGCGAAAUAUGUGGGACUUUUUACAGUUUUAAAGGGAUCCCUUAUGCUGCUCCUCCGGUGGGAAAUUUGAGGUUUAAGGCUCCGCAACCACCUAUCCCAUGGACCGGUAUCCGAAGUGCCAACGAACUAGGUGGUAUUUGCUAUCAAUUUAACUUCUUGAAACGAGUGCGGGAGAAGGGUAGCGAAGAUUGUCUUUAUCUUAACAUUUAUACGCCUAAUAUAAACCCGACAAAACUGAUGCCAGUAAUGAUUUGGAUCCACGGAGGCGCCUUUUGUUGCGGCAGUGGCGAUGAUGACCUUUAUGGUCCUGAAUUCCUCAUCCGUAAUGGUCUGGUCACCAUAAACUAUAGACUGGAAAUCUUUGGAUUCCUCUGCCUAGACACCGAAGAUAUUCCAGGUAAUGCUGGCAUAAAAGACCAGGUAGCCGCUAUGAGAUGGGUUAAAACGAACAUCUCGAAUUUCGGAGGUGAUCCAGAAAAUAUCACCAUUUUUGGACAAAGCUCUGGGGCGGCUUGUGUAACGUACCACUGUGUUUCGCCAAUGACAAAAGGGCUGUUCAAAAGGGCUAUAGCUCAGAGUGGGUGUAUGAUGAAUCCUUGGGCUCAGAGCUAUAGACCACGUGAAAGAGCUAUUGCUCUAGCUAGACACCUGGGAUGCACAUCACAAGACGAUAAAGAACUAUACGAAUUCUUCAAAUCCCAACCGGUUGAAAAUUUGGUUUGGUCGAGUUGUACGACCAUCUGGAGAUCAAUGAGCAUUUUUAACGGAAAUUUUCCGAGUUUUCCGGGUUACGGGUUUUGUGAAUAGAGUGUUUUAGGUCUUUAACUUAAAUUAACGUUCUUAUGUGUAA